CGGAGAGGUGCACCAACUGGACAUCCUCGACACGUCCGGCAACCACCCGUUCCCCGCCAUGCGUCGCCUAUCCUUCCUCACAGGUGACCUGUUCGUGCUGGUGUUCAGCAUGGACAGCCGGGAGUCGUUCGAGGAGGUGGUGCGGCUGCGCGAGCAGAUCCUGGAGACGAAGCUGAGCGCCUGCGCGUCGGCCAACAGCUCCUCGUCCAGCCGCAAGAAGGCUGCCAUGCCGCGCGUGCCCAUGGUCAUCGCCGGCAACAAGUGCGACAAGGAGAUGCGGACGGUGACGGUGGAGGAGGCGACGGCAUACGCCAACACCCAGGACGACUGCUGCGUGUUCGUGGAGACGUCGGCGAGGCGCAACAUCCGCGUGGACGACCUGUUCUACGAGCUGUUCCUGGCGGCCGGGCUGCCGCUGGAGAUGGCGCCCAACCACCACCGCCGGCUGCACCCCAGCUUCGGCAGCCCGUGCGCACUGCCGCCGCCCGCGCCGCAGCACCGCUCCAAGAAGUGCUCGCUGUCCAUCAAGCGGCGCCUCAGCGACGCGUGCGGCGUCGUGGCGCCCAACGUGCGCCGGCCCUCCAUCCGGACCGACCUCAUGAUCAUGCGCACCAAGACCUGCUCGCUGGGCAGCAGCGGCGGCGGCGGCGGCAGCCGCGACGCGGGGCUCGCCGGCUCGGGGGGCGCGUCGCGCCUCGCCGCGCUCGUGCGCAGGAGCGUCGGCAUCGGCGCCGCCACCGGCGACGACGUCGGCCGCUGCGUCGUCCAGUGA